AACUGCAGCAGCAGAAAGGGCUCAGCCUGCGGGCUGCAACCCUUCUGCGAGCAUCCAGUUCAAAACUCAGGCUGUUUGUGAUGGUGCUUCCUGGUGAUGUGGCGUGUUGAUGCAUGACUGGCUUGGAAGGACUGCUGCUGGUUUGCAGCUGGAGUGGGAAGGGGAGAUGAUUUGGUGACCUUUCAGCUUGCUCACAUUACCUUUGCAAGUGGUGGCUGCAUCAGAAGGGCUCUGAACCAGACAGCUUGAAAGCAGCUGUGCUGUUUGAGGGGUCAGUGCUGCCUCUGAAAGCCUACCAGAUGCAUUUCCAGACCUGGCUUGCUUUCCCAAUGGGAGUAUUGCUGUGCUGUGCUCUUCAGACAUCUGCCAUUCAACAACCUGCAUCUCACAACUGCACCAGCGAUGGUCAAAGAAUAUCCUUCAGCCACUCCUACAGGAUUGACCUGCCUACGUCCUCUGAGAUUAAGGUGGAAGCAGAUCCAUUACAGCAUGCAGACAACAGUGGGGUGCAGCUAGAUCCUGGGGAGGCAGAGGAAAACGAAGAGCAGAAUAUAAUCUUUAGGCACAACAUCCAUGUGCAUGCACCCAAAGGGGACUGUGAAACUUUGACCCACGUUAAGGGUCUGCUUGAAAGGAUGGAGAAGCUUGAGAAAGAAGUGGCAGAGCUGAGAGAAGUUUGCAGCCCUCAGAAGUGCUGUGGGGGAAGCCAAGGUAUCUCGCAUUGCAGCGGCCACGGGACUUUCCUCUAUGAGACUUGCAGCUGUAAGUGUGCCGAGGGCUGGGAGGGCAGCGACUGCUCCCGCCCCACCUGCCCCAGCCACUGCAGCGGCCAUGGGCGCUGCGACGGUGGGAAGUGUGUCUGUGAUGAGCCUUACUUUGGUGAGGACUGCAGCCAUCGGCUCUGUCCUGAGAACUGCAGCGGCAACGGGAUCUGUGACACAGCCAAAGGGGUCUGCCAGUGCUACGAGGAGUUCAUCGGAGAGGACUGCAGCGAGAAACGAUGUCCCGGGGACUGCAGUGGCAAUGGGUUCUGUGACACAGGAGAGUGCUACUGCCACGAUGGCUUCUUUGGCCUCGACUGCUCCCAGGUGCUUGCUCCUCAGAACCUGCAGCUGCUGAACUCCACAGAGAACUCUCUGGCUGUCAGCUGGGAUCCAAUGAUUGAUGUGGAUAAUUACCUCAUUAGCUAUUAUCCAGUAGGGUAUGAGACGUUGGUGAAACAAGUCCAUGUGCCCAAAGGGCAGCUCAGCUAUGAGAUUGUGGGUCUCCGCCCUGGCACCGCAUACAAUGUCACACUUCAUCAUGUGAAGAAGGGGAUUGCCAGUGAGCCCAAGUAUCUAGAAGCAAGUACAGUCCUGUCUGCACUCAAUGCCAUCUGGGUGACGGAGGAGAUGGAGAACUCCCUGGAAGUGGAGUGGGAGAACCCACCAACAGAUGUGGAUUAUUACAAGCUGAAGUUCAGAUCCCUGGUGGAGAUGGAUGAGAAGCAGGUCAUGGUGCCCAAAAGCAAUGACCCUAAGAGCAGACACAUCAUGACUGGCCUGAAACCUGGCACAGAGUACGAGGUCACUGUCAUACCUGUGAAAGACAAUACAGAGGGGAAACCAUCCUCAGUGAGUGGUAGGACUGGAGUUGAUAGCCCAACCAAUGUGGCAACUGACCGAGUGACAGAAGAUACAGCCACUAUCUCAUGGAAUAAAGUUGAGGCUCCCAUAGACAGGUACAUGGUGAGAUACACCUCAGCUGAUGGGGACACCAAGGAAAUAGAGGUGGGGAGUGAAAAUGACAUCAUCACCUUACUGGAUCUGAAGCCAGGCAUGGAAUAUGUCAUCCACAUCUGGGCAGAGAAGGGGCCCCAGAGGAGCAAGAAGGCAAGCACCAGAGCUGUGACAGGGAUGGAUUCUAGUGUCCAUGUAGUGGCCAGAUGGCUGACAGAAGACACACUCACGAUCUCCUGGGAUAGGGUCUGGCCUCUGAUAGACAGGUACUUGGUGAGAUACAACACAACUGAUGGGGACACAAAGGACAUGGAGGUGGGGAAGGACAAGAGCGUCGCUGCUCUGACAGGACUGAAGCCAAGCAAAAAGUAUGCCACCGGCCUCUGGGCAGAGAGGGGAGCUGUGACAGAAAUCGACGGCCCAACUGAGCUGUUGACUGACCAAGUGACAGAGGAUGCAAUUACUGUUUCCUGGAACAAAGUCCAGGCUUCAAUAGACAGAUACAGAGUGAGCUACACCUCAGCUAAUGGGGACACAGAGGAGAGAGAGGUGGAGAAAGACAGGAAUGUCACUACCUUGGCAGGACUGAAGCCAGGCAUGGAGUAUGUCAUUUACAUCUGGGCAGAAAAGGGAGAACAACAGAGCAAGAGGGCUAGCACUGAGGCUGUGACAGAAAUCGACAGCCCGGCUCACCUAGUGACUGACCAAGUGACAGAGGAUGCGUCCACCAUCUCCUGGGACAGGGUCCAGGCUCUCAUAGAUAGGUACAUGGUGAACUACACCUCUGUGGAUGGUGACACAGAGGAGAUCGAAGUGGGAAAGAACGAGACUACCACGACUCUGACAGGACUGAAACCUGGCAUUGAAUAUGUCAUCUUCCUCUGGGCAGAGAAAGGAACCCGGCAGAGCAAGAGGAUCAGCACUGAGGCAGUGACAGAAAUGGACAGCCCAAAGAAUCUGGUAACUGACCAAGUGACAGAGGACUCAGCCACCAUCUCCUGGGAUAGCGUUCAAGCUCCCGUAGACAGGUAUAUGGUGAGCUACACUUCUGCUGAUGGGGACAACAAGGAAAUAGAAGUGGAGAAGGACAGGAGCAUUACCACCCUGACAGGACUGAAACCAGGCAUGAAGUUCACCAUCCAUCUCUGGGCAGAGCUGGGAAGCAAGCAGAGCAAGAGGGCAAGCACUGACAUGCUGACAGAGAUUGAUCCUCCCAAGAACCUCCGUGUAUCAGAUGUGACUCGUUCUACUGGCGUGGUUACCUGGACUCCUCCUGCAGCACAGAUUGAUGGCUACGCUCUGACCUACCAGGGUCGAGAUGGCACAAGCAAGGAAGUACAGCUGGGUCCGAGCGAACAACGGUUUGUGCUGGAAGGACUGGAACAAGGAGUGAGGUAUGCCAUCUUUUUGAUGGCCUACAAGGGAGAUCGCCAGAGCAGAAAGACAGACAGCACCUUCUCGACAGUUAGCUUCCUCUACCCGUAUCCUGCGGACUGCAGCCAGACGCAGCAGAACGGAAAUGCCUCCAGCGGCGUGUACACCAUUUACCUGAACGGGGAUGGCAGCAGGCCGAUGCAGGUGUACUGUGACAUGACCACUGACGGAGGCGGGUGGAUAGUGUUUCAGAGGCGGAGCACUGGCGAGGUGGAUUUCUACAAACGCUGGAAAAAUUAUGUGGAAGGCUUUGGAGAUCCCACUGGGGAAUUUUGGCUUGGUCUUGACAAGCUGCACAAUCUCACAAGCAGCAGUACCAUCCGCUAUGAGCUCCGGGUGGAUUUGCGGACAGCCAGCGAAUCUGUCUAUGCUGUCUAUGACUUCUUCCAGGUUGCCUCGAGCAGGGACAGAUACAGGCUGUCGGUGGGGAAUUACAGAGGCAAUGCUGGGGAUGCAAUGACCUACCACAACGGCUGGAAGUUCACAACGUGGGACAGAGACAAUGAUGUGGCUCUCAGCAACUGUGCUCUGACGCACCACGGUGCGUGGUGGUACAAGAACUGCCACUUGGCCAACCUCAAUGGGAAAUACGGGGAGAGCAAGCACAGCGAGGGCGUGAACUGGGAGCCAUGGAAAGGCCAUGAAUUCUCCAUCCCUUUUACUGAGAUGAAGAUCCGUCCUCAGUCUUCCAGUAAUGAGCCAAUCCUGGGGAGGAAGAAGAGGUCUCUCUCAGGGAAGAGGAAGAAGAUCGGGGCUUAAAUCGAACUCUGUUCAGGACAGUACCCAAAGAUAAUGAUUCAGUAUUUCUUAACAAAGUUAGAUUCAGACAGCUUUCUCCAAUACGUUGGAGACAAUCGCUGACCAACGUGCACCCAGAGACCUCUGGAUCUGCAGCCCAGCCUGCUUCCAGCCUUUGGAGCUCCUGAUGGGUGAUCUGUCAGAGA